AUGAAGUUCCUCAUCAUGACCUCGGGCCUCAGCGCCCUCGGCGCCGCCGCCAUCUUCCCGGGCCACCUGAGACCGAACAUGAUACCGAAACUAGCCAACACGACGAUCCCGGCGCAGAACCUGACGAUCCCGGCGCCGUCCAGCGCGACGAACCCACCAACCAGAGCCACGGACCCGGUCUCUGAAGUCACCAGCGCGCCCGCUGAAGUGUCGAGUAUGCCCAUCACCCUGCCGGACACCAACCAAGGGAACUGCACCUGCCCGGACCUCGGCUCGUCCCCGCCGAACAACGGCACCUUCGGGCAGCCGGACCCCGACGGCGGGGACCAGCAGCUGCCCGGAGGAGACAUCGGCGCCGGUCCCGGCCCGGCCGCCUGCGUCAUCACCGACUACGAGUCCGUCGAGGCCCAGAAGGCGUCGUGCACCGACAUGUUCCUCAAGGGCAUCGCCGUGCCCGGCGGCAGGACGCUCGACCUCACCGGCCUGCAGCCCGGCACGCGCGUCACCUUCGCCGGCACCACCACCUUCGGCUACAAGGAGUGGGAGGGCCCGCUAGUCUCCAUCAGCGGCGACGGCGUCUCGGUCGUCGGCGCCCCCGGCCACGUCAUCGACUGCGACGGGGACCGCUGGUGGGACGGCAAGGGCGUCAAGAUGAACGGCAAGGGCGUCGAGAUGAACAAGAAGAAGAAGGGCAAGGGCAGCGUCAAGCCGCGCUUCUUCACCGUCCGCAUCAGCAACGGCUCCGUCUCCGGCCUCAACGUCCUCAACACCCCCGCUCGCGGGUUCAACAUUAACGGCGCCAGCAACCUCGAGGUCCGGGAUAUCCUCUUCGACAACCGCGACGGCCAGUGCGGCGGCGGCAAGAACACGGACGCUUUCCACGUCGGUGAGUCCACCGACAUAACCAUCGUCCGCGCCCGCGUCUACAACCAGGACGACUGCCUGUCCAUCACCUCGGGCGCCCGCAUCCUCUUCCGCGACGGCUACUGCCGCGGCUCGCACGGGCUCUCCGUCGGCUCCGUCGGCGGCCGCGACGUCAACAACGUGACCGACGUCAUGAUCCGCGACUCGGUGCUCGAGAAGGGCGUCAACGGCAUCCGCAUCAUGGGCGAGCACAAGAAGCAGGGGUCCAUUGCCGGCGUCACCUUCCAGAACAUCCUCUUCAAGAACGUCAAGAAGCAGGGCAUCGUCGUCCAGCAGGACUACAAGACGGGCAAAAAGCCCUCGGGGAAGCCCACGGACGGCGUCCCCAUCACCGGCGUCACCAUCACGAACAUCACGGGCACCGUCGCCGAGAAGGGCACCAACGUCCUCAUCCUCUGCGCCGAGGGCGCCUGCGCCGACUGGGCGUGGUCAGGCAUCGACGUCUCCGGCGGCAAGACGUCCAAGAAGUGCAAGAACAUCCCCGACAACUCGGGCGCCUCGUGCUGA